UGUCUAAAAGAGAACCAAACUAAGAUACUUAUUCGUGUCCGAUAUCGUGACUUUCCCAAUGCCAUAUAACACGUGAGAUUGUAAUUUGUAGCCUAGAGUAGUAGGUGUGUGAAUUUUUUAUAGGUCUUGAUAAAAUUGUCUUAAAAUUUUAGAAAAUGGCAGGUUUGAGUCAGCAACAACAAAUGCAGCUUUUGGCAGAGUUGGAAAUUGAAAUGAUGGCUGAUAUGUAUAACAGGAUGACCACUGCCUGCCAGAAGAAGUGUAUAGCCCCAUCCUAUGGAGAGGGUGAUCUUUCAAAGGGGGAGUCGGUCUGUUUAGAUCGCUGCGUGGCCAAGUACUUGGAGGUGCACGACAACCUGGGGAAGAAACUGACCGAGAAAUCCAUGCAGGACCAGCAACUGCAGCUGAUGCAGCAACAGCAACAAGCCGCCGAGAAGAAAAGCUAGUGGCGUCAGACGAGGAAUCAAACGUUUUGUUCUAAUUGUGAGGUACUUUUGUCUAGAAUUUUAUGACAGCUGGAGGUUUCUCAGCCAGCUGGGUACCACCGAAACUCUUUGGAGAGGAGUUGCUGAAAGAACUGCUUGAUUUCCAGCCCUGCUUGGCUGGGUGAACAAAUUUGCAUUUCAGCAGCAGUGUGAUUCACCGUACCAUCGCAAGAGAGACCACCAUUAUAUCCCUCAUCUUGAUUUUUUUUCUCCAGUUCGCACAAAUCUUUUGAGUAGAUGUUAACAAAUACAAUGGAUCUGGCUUGCAGUACUUGAAGAGCUGGUGCCUAUGUGGUGUUUCACAGUUCUUUUGAGUGUGAUCUCAGGGACCUAGACCUGACCAAGAUGGUAGCUGUUUGGCUUGAUCAAUAUGUCUCCAUUAUUCAAAGUUUAACAAUGGGAGUGUCACCAGGGUCGAGUGCAAGGCAAUCUUGGAGACCCUGGAAGGUUUCAGUGGACCUCCAUCCUUGUGACCAGAGAGAGUUCUGAAAGCCCAAGCAGUGCUGCAUGCUGUAGUUAAGAUGUCUCAAGAUUAUCACAAGACUAACACAAGACCAGCACAAGACCUCCAGUCUGAAUUCAAGUCACAAGGUAUUCAAAUGAACCGCAACAAAAGCAUUCCUUGGUCAUUGUGCAUUCUUUUGACUAUGACUGGUCUUGUGUCUGGUCUUGUGACGGUCUUAACCACAACACUAACCUUUGCCUUCCUAAAUCCUUCAAAAACCAGCAGCGAGAUUGAGAAGGGUUUAACAAAUGUGUGGCAUUGGAUUCUUGCAAUGGAGGAUGUAGUAAGCUUCACGGAGGUUUUUAGUUUGGCAAGGGAGUUAGGGUUGAGCCUAGCCACUGGCAGUAUCCAAUGCCUGGCUUUUCUUGAUGUCAAUUUUGUACACACUUCGGUAGAUCACAGCUGUCAUUACCGAAAACACUGUGCUUGAUUUGAUGUUCCAACUUCCCCCUCAAAAAAUGUGCAACAGGGUUAUUUGACAGGUUUGGAUUUCUGUUUAGUUCUCUCACAUUUACCAAGAGCAAAAUACCAUUUAUGGAAGUUUUAAAGGAGCUCCUUUACACUAAUUGGAAGUACUGGAACACAGGUGCCAAUACUAAAUUAGAUUUUUAAUUGUCAAAUUACUGUUUAAAGCACGAAAGACUUAGUUACAAUUAAACGCACAUUCCCAACAACUCUGCCACUGGUUAACAACAAAAGGUUUAAUUGCCUUUCAAGUGUAUUGUUCUUUGAUGUCUUUCCUUUCAGACCGAAAUGACAUACAGCACUGCUAGUUUUCAUUUGCUUUGCAAAUUCUUCCUGUCUGAUUUGGACAUCCGUUGCCUGGUCAGGGGCUACAUUAGUGGUUCCAGUAGGUUCUUUGCUCACAGUAUUAGCCUAAAGCCUGGUUUCCAUAUUGACGCAAGAAACGCAGAGAGCAACACAAUCAAGACGCAAACUGAAAUGUGGACAUAUGGAAACAUGUCAGAUGGAAGUAUCGCCGAUAACCCAGACACAACACAAACCAGCCCCGGACAGAUCGGUAAAGUUGAGCCCGGUUCAACUUUGCCACCUGCCUGCAUUGAGUCGCUGAGUAGGCCAAUACAAAUAUACACGCUGGCACUGUCUUGCCAGCUUAUUACCACUCAUUUUGUCCAUUUUCUCCUUCUUCCUAGCAUAUGCAGCCUUAGUCGUCAACAGAAUAGCUGACUAUAAACAAAUUACAUCAAACUGGAGUGUCACUUUGGCUUCAAGAGGCAACAUUGCCACCUAAAAAAGGCAUUUUUGUUGAAAAUUGUCUGAGUUUCGGACUCCAUUUUGUUUAAGUUUUUUGUCGGAAUGACGUCGCGCAGCGUCUCUUUCGCGACUGUCUGCGUCUUGACACCUUGUGGACCGUCUGUGUUACAAACGACCAUAUGGAAACCAGUCUUAACAUACAUGCACAUGCGUACAGAAUCCAUCUGAAUGGUCACAAAGGAGUCAAAUUAUACAGAGGAUAAACCACUUUGAUGAACUUUAGCAAGGAGUGAUUAGGUUUUGCACUGCAUGCUUUCAUUUAUUUAGUCAUAUUUUGAAGUAUGCUGAAAGUCUUUAAAUCUUAAGUUUCCAAUAAAUUACCAUUUAAGUUUUUUUACAAUGA